AUGAAUUCAAGUCGACUCAUUUUCGCUGCAAUUGCUCUCCUUGUAGCACUAUUGAUCACCACAACAACAGUAGUGAAUGGUCAAUUAUCGACUGUUCGUGCCUUCUUGUCUGACUCGGAUUUGAAUACCUUGUUGACAAAGGAAGCUCCAUUAUUUGCACAAGAAAUUGAAGCACAAAAGAUUCCAGAUAUGCAACUGAAAGAACAUGUUUCAUUGAUUGGAGAUGUCGAUAUUAGUAUUACUGGAAUUACUCUCAGUAAUGUUGGUUUGGGAAAUUUACAAGUUGGAAUGACAAGUCCCAAUCAAGUGUCAUUGACUGAUAAUAAUGCUCAGAUUACUAUUAGUUUGAAUUGGGCUUAUAGACAAGAAUCAUGGCCACAUAGUAGUGGUUCUGGAACUGCUGUCUGUUCCACAAACACUGUUUCUAUGGCUGUCACUAUUUUAAUGCAACUCGAUGUCAACACUGGAAAACCACAAUUCCAACUCACGACCAACACUAUCGACUUGGGAACUUUGAACAUUAACAUUUCAGGAGGUGGCGGUUGGAUUUUGAGUUUAUUACAAAAUCUAUUCUCUUCACAAAUCAAAUCAAGUAUUGAAACUGGAGUGGAAUCUGCCAUUUCUUCUGCAGUUGCUAAUGUGAAUAAUAAUAUUCAAGCUGCCAAUAUGAUGCCAGUAUUGAACAUGACACUUGGUGCUAAUAAUUUUAAAUUACAAGUUGAUUAUCGUUUGACCGAGUUGACUGUGUUGAAUAAUGCAUUUUUGGCUGUUGGAACUCGUGCUACUUUUUAUGAUCCUAAUAAGGGAAUUUCUCCAUUGCCAUUUGGACACGUGACACUUCCUAAUCAACCUCCAUCUCAAAUUGAUGAUUUAAUUGAUGCCUAUGCCACAGAUUUUGUCAUUAACUCAAUGCUUUAUGGAUUAUAUUCCUCCAAUCAAAUGCAAACCAUUGUCACACCAGAUAUGGUUCCAAAUUAUUCUCCAAUUCAAUUGAACACGACCAGUUUGAAGACCUUAAUUCCACAAUUGUACAAUGCCUAUCCAAAUAAGCAAGUUCAAUUGUAUUUGUACAGUAAUGCUGCAUCCAAUGCUAACAUGUGGCCUAAUAUCAAAAUUUCUCAAUCCAAUGGAGGAAUGAUUACUGCCUACUUUUAUGGAAAUAUUGAAUUUCAAGUAUUGACUGGAAGCGGAUCUGUCACCAAUGCCUUUAUUCUCUCUCUUGUUGCAAAUGCUACUCUUGAUAAUCCAAAGUUAAUUGUCUCUGGUGGUUCCAAAUUGAAUUUCACAGCACAAAUUGUCAAUCCGCAAUUCUCAGUCUCUGUUGCUCAAUCUUGGAUUGGACCUGUCAAUGUUGCCAACUUGCAACAAGUGAUUCAAUUGACCUUGAUUGACAUUUAUUUACCAAUUCUCAAUAAGGAUCUUGCUUCUGGAAUUCAAUUGAUUGAUUUCUCAUCGUUAUUACCAGGAUUUAAUUUGGUGAAUCCAAAUUUAUUGUUACAAAAUGGAUACAUGAUCAUGGGUGUGGAUGGAUAUUAUAGUCCUUCAUUGUUGUUGAGACAACAAAGUGGAAAGAACUUUGAGAGUGCUGAGAAGAUCAUUGCCAAGUUGAAGAAGACCAUUUCUAUCCAAUAA